CAAUAUAUAUUAUCUGUGAUGUGCGAGUGGGGUAGCUAAGCUAAGCUAGCGGUCUCAGUAUGUGGAGACACUCGGUGAGGUCGGUGUUGCGGAAAGCGGAGGUUCUACGUGGGGUUCUCAGUAGAGCUCAGUCACUCAACACUGUCAAAUCCAGAUUAAACGGAUCCUGUAGCGGUGUUUCAGGGAAGAAAUGGAUAAAACCCAGCGGGUUUGACACGGGCUUGAAGACUUUCAACAGUCUGACUAAACAGAAAGAACCUCUCAUUCUGGCAAGAGAGGGAGUAGCUACCUGGUACAGCUGUGGACCCACUGUGUACGACCAUGCCCACCUGGGUCACGCAUGCUCUUAUGUCAGGUUUGACAUCCUGCAGAGGAUUUUGUCCAGGUUGUUUGGGAUCACUGUGAUCCAUGCUAUGGUCAUCACUGACAUUGAUGACAAAAUCAUCAAAAGAAGUUGUGAGGAAAAUGUUUGUCCGUCAGUCAUAUCCAGAAUGUAUGAGGAUGAAUUCAAGAAGGAUAUGUUGUCUUUAAAGGUGAUUCCUCCUGCAGUGUAUUUAAGAGUCACUGAGAAUGUGCAUCAUAUUGUUGCGUUUAUUGAGAGGAUCAUUAAAAAUGGACACGCUUAUGUCACAAAAGAAGGUGAUGUGUAUUUUGACAUCCAGUCCAUUGGCGAUCGUUAUGGCAAGUUUGUGACAGCUGUGGAUUGUCAGGAAGAACCUGGUAACCCAGAACCAGGCAACACAGAUAAAAGAGACUUGAGGGAUUUUGCUCUUUGGAAGAGGUCCAAACCGCAGGAACCAUCCUGGGAAUCUCCAUGGAGUAGAGGAAGACCUGGCUGGCAUAUUGAAUGCUCCACCAUUGCUAGCUCAGUGUUUGGGAGUCAGCUGGAUAUCCACUCUGGAGGCAUUGACCUGGCCUUUCCACACCAUGAGAACGAGAUCGCCCAGAGUGAAGCCUAUCACCAGUGUGGACAGUGGGCAAAUUACUUCCUCCACUCAGGGCAUUUACACCUAAAAGGCAGUGCAGAGAAAAUGUCUAAAUCUUUAAAGAACUAUGUCACCAUAAAGGAUUUCCUGAAGUCCUACUCUGCCAGUGAAUUCCGGAUGUUUUGUCUUUUGACCAAAUACAGAUCAGGUAUUGACUAUAGCGAUAGCAGCAUGUUGGCAGCUCGGGCUUCUCUUGGAACCAUCUCCACCUUCAUCCACGAUGCUCAGACAUAUAUGAAGGGUCAGCUGCAGUGUUCUCCUGUACAAGAUGCUUUUCUUUGGGAGAGAUUGGCUGAGACUAAGCACAGAGUGGUGGAAGCACUGGCAGAUGACUUUAAUACCCCACAAGCCAUCAGUGCUGUCAUGAAUCUGGUUUAUCAUGGAAAUUGCCAACUUCAGCCUUUGUCUAAGCCUGACAGAGCAGCUCGGAGUCCUGCAGUGUUUGCAGCGAUGGUCACCUACAUCAGAGAUGUCUUGGAUACGUUUGGGAUCGAGCUGCUUCAGACAAAGGAGGGUGGUGCACUGAGUCAUUGUGGAACUCUGGAGGGCGUUGUGGAGCAGCUGACUCGGUUUAGAAGUGAAGUUCGAGCAUUCGCGCUCUCUCGUCAUGAUGGUCCAACCACUGGAUCCCCCAGCAAACCUGGCCUUUACCCAGAAAGGAUCCCUCUCCUCAAAGCCUGUGACACCCUCAGAAAUGACCUGGCACCCUUGGGUGUUGUGAUAAAGGACAGAGGAGCCACCUCGACGUGGGAGAUCACUCAGGGACAACAGAGUCUGAAGGGACAGGGAGUUCAGGAUAUGGACCAGGAGGCAUCUAACUGACAGCCUGAAAAUUAGGCUUGCUUUACCAACUGAAAAACUUUCAGAAAACAAGAGACCAAACCAUCCUGAUUUCAUAAAAAAAGAAACUAACUUUCGGUUGAAUGGCUGAUGUGCAGAUUAUUAUAAUAAAAUCUCAUUUCAGUUGUGUAAUCCAUUUCAUGUUAAUUUGCCAUCAGUUGUGUGUUUUUAUUAUUUUGAAGAUUUUGUUGUGAAUGAUUAAAGUUGAGUUGAAAACAAAAGGCA